UACAAAAAAAUUCGGUCUAAUAUUUUUUUGAAAAUUUUUUGAUAUUUAGAUAUUUUUGAAUGUAAAGUCAACUCUUCAUUUUCUUCAAGGAUCGACGUGACGAUUUAAAAUUGAUUGUCAAUGCGAUUGGGAAAAGUGAACAAAUGCCAAAGAUAAAUGCUGUCAUGAUGGACGAUAUUGAAAAGUCGAAGAACAACUUGAUGGCACAUUCUGACAUUGUUGAACUGGCCUUAACUGCAUUGAGAAAUGAUAGCAGAAAUGGAGCCACAAAUGACAGCAAAG